AUGGCUCGCCAAAUCUUGAGACGGUCGCAGCUGCUGGCAGCGGUGGUGAUUGCUUGGAUCGCCCGAGACCUGCACUGCCACGCGCGCCCAGGGGCGCUCGCGCUGAUCCUCCCGAGGUCGCGCGUGCUCCGCAUGGCCCCUGCAAUCAGCCUUGCCGCGCCGCUACCUGCCGAAGCUGCACUGCGAGCCCUUUUGCAGAAGAGGAGCGCCCGCGACUUGACCUCGCCGAUCUUCAACAUUCCCCCGAAGCAGCAGGUUUAUCCUGGCUGGCUGGCGGGCGACUGGCAGGCGACAUCGAACUUUGCGGGCUUCGAGUUCCCUACUUUGCCACGAGCGCAGGUCAUGAGACAGGACGAUGUGCCGGGCUUCAAGAAGUGCUCUAUAAUUGACUUCGCUGAUGUGGGCAAGUCACCGCUUGAGUAUAACAUGAGCUUCGUCAAGAAGCAAGACGGCGUCGUUGUUGAAGACUUGCCUUUCAACCUGCGCUCCACCGUGGCCGCGCACUUGGGAGGAAAAGGCCGAGUCACCAGUGUGGACUACAAUCCAGAGACCGAUCCAAAUCGCGUCACAAUCAGGCUCCUCGCCACGAAGAACGCCGAGCGAGUUGAGCUCUUCGUCAAUGCCCGCGACUCUGAACAGCCAUCAGAGGAUCCGGACCUCUUCCUGUCCAGCGAAUACCGCAGACAGGUCACUUUCUCCAGUCGAGUGGCUCAAGGAUACAACUGCAACUACCAGCACUUCAGGACCUUCCAGCGAUUGAGUCCGGACAAGUUGCGCCUGAACGUUCUCACGGCUUCCUACUUGGACCCUUUGAGUCCGCUGUACUUCGACACGUUCGAUAAGCCUGCGAUUGUCUACGCCCACGAGCUCGAGCUGACCCGCGCGCCGGCGAAGCCCGAGGCCGUGUCUAUGAAGUGGGACUGUGAGUUCGCUUGCGGUGAUGGCUUGGUCGUGGGUGAGGAGCAGUGCGAUGAUGGUGGCCUAGCAGGUCUGGACGGAUGCGAUGCUUCUUGCAAGGUGGAAUCCGGCUUUGUCUGUGAUGGACAAGGGAAGGACAUGCCUUCCACGUGCCGCCCACUGGGUUGCGGCCCCGAGCCACAUCCACAGGGAGUCCCGCCAGCAUGUAUCCAGGCUCCGGCUUCAAAUUCGAACUCGACUGCCGUUGCCUGUCGCAGGGCCGACGUGCUGGACGCAUGCCCUGUGGGCCUGGCGUUGCACCCACCGACUUUGCUGGCUUCCUGCGGCGGCUUCACCGGCGGAGAUCGCGGGGCCACCCAGCGCCUUGAGAGCCACCAGGGAAAGGCAGUCCUGGCGGACCUGGUUGAUCAAGGUCGGCAGCUGAUCCUCGUCUUCGAUGCGGCACCAGUGAUUGCACCAGACACCAGACGCCAGACACCAGAUGCUGCUCGUCAGUACGCCAGCAUCGACGCAGCAAUCGAGGUGGCACGGCUCUUUGAAUAUCCUUCGCAGCGCCUCUACCUUGGACCGGCCCUGGGAACUCCUGCGGCCUGGACAGCACCCGUGGUCGUCUUGCGUGGACCCAACCUGGCUGGUGGUUGUGGGGACGUCGUCUUGGAUGCCACCGCCAGCACCGGCAACGCGGGCAGGCCAUGGAAAAGCACCAGCUGGCGCUGCACUGGCGAUCCUUCUCACUGCGCAGCGGUGCGUGCGUUCUUCCCUAUCUGCCAUACCCUGACGCCCGGCCUCGCCACGGCGGGCCUGGACGUGGGAGCAGCUCCGUGCGGACUGCGGACCACGAUCCCUGAGGAGACCGCCUCCUCCCUCACCAUCUCCCUGGCCACAGUCGUCGUUUACCUGAAGCUAGAGAACGCCAUGGGCCAGUGGUCAGAGGCGGCACACACCGUCAGCUUCACCGUGGAGCGUAUCCCUGUGGUCGUAGCCCUCACAAGCAGGGAAGUCUUCGUUGAUCAGGGCCAAAGCAUCCGGUUGGAGCUCUCAGUCAGCCCCGCGUUGCCCGUGGCUUCUGUUGGAGCCGGCAGCACGUGUGGGGCGUUGGGGCCAAUUGCGGUGGAGUGGCGUCACGGUUUGGGCAAUCUGGACAACCUGGAGCAGGUUUGGGACUCCCUCCUCGAGUUGCCCUCCUCGCUCGUGCCGGCGCUGGACGCCAAAACUGCCACACUCGAGGGCUACUUGGGAUCUCUGGACUUGCCGGGAACGAAUUGGACGCUGGUUGCACGCGCUGCACACCUCAGUGACAUCGCCAAGCCCGUCUUCAUGCCAUUCCUGGUGGUGGUGAGGCCCGAGCCGGUGGCGAUAAGCCUGCAGGCUCCCUCGGAGAUCGCCGAGCAGUGCCCCUUCUCAGUCACUGCCACGGUGAGUGGAGUCGAGGGAAGUCCUUACAUCACGUGGCGCUGCGUGCUCAUGGAUGUUGUCUCCGUGCAGAGCCAGGACGCUGCCGCCUGCGCCGCGGCAGCGAGUCAGACUCGUGGCCCGCUGCUCGGGCUGCCAGCUCUGAUACCAGGGGUCUACCAGAUCGAGGCGGAGUUGGACACGGAUCCACGGCCUGCGGCCACGGUCUUCGUUCACGUUCGCAGCGAUGGCGGGCCACGGGUGCACAUCUUGGAGCCCGUGCUGCCCACGAGACGCGCGGCAAGUGAAGGUACGACAGACAUGCUGCGGCUCCGCGCACGCUUCGCCACCGCGGCGUGUGGGGAGACGGAGCUUGCAGCUGCAGUGGUCGUGCUUUCCACAGUGCCAGGGCAGACGCUGGGCAGCGAAGCGAGGCCAGUGAUGGUUCUGGAGACAGUUGCCACCAACAUCUCAGAUGCAUGGAAGGCAAGCUUUCUCGGGCCCGAUGACAACGCUUCGGCCAACGCGUUCACCUUGCGGAACUUCACGCUUCAGGACAAGCUAGAGACGCAGAUCAAGAACGACAUAAAGACUACCAAAUCCAUCAGUUUGGAGCACACGCACAAGGCUGAGGACAACCAUGAAAAGAAUAAGGACCAGUUUCCGGACGGGGAGUCGCGGCUACGUGACAUCACGGAGGGCAAAAGUCUCCAGCAGAAAGUGGCCAAAGAAGCAAAGGUAGUGACGACUGGAAUUCGAGGCGGCGCCGACAAGCGGGUGCUUCUUCCAGCGGUCCUCGAGCUACAGGGGGAGGUGAGAACGUCCUUGCAGCUGUUUUUGACGAUGGCAUUCUUCUUCGUGUUCAGUGUGGCCGUCCAGCAGCACUACCGGACCUACGAGAUCCACUUGCAGGAGAAGAACUUGCGCAACCAGCUCACCGACGCGACGCAAGAAAUCUCCGAAGUGGGGCAGAUCUUCGAGUGGAUGGAGACGACCUGGUUCCCGUUCCUGUGGUCGGCUCCAAAUGCUGCAGGUCCUGAAGAGAGCAUCCUACCGUCAAGAGAGAUGAUCUUGCUCGGCGGGUCCUUGCUCAAGGUCAUCAGCAGCCCGGUGGAGGAGUGCAUCUACGUCCCUGGAGCAGAGUGCUACGACCAAGGCGAGCGCGCCAUCAACUAUGAUCCAGUCCUCAAUGGAUGGGAAGUACGGAACCGUCGGCUCUCCAUUGAGGAGUUCAGAGAUCAUGGGCAACGAGGCCCCAACUUCCUCAUGCAGCUCUAUCAGCGGUGGCGUCCGCAAGACAUCGUCGCUUCGACCUCGUCCACGUGGCGCAAGGUUCAGGUGGGACCCGAGCAGUCGGAAGCUCCAAAGCCGCGACGCGCGGCGAAGAGGCGAUCGCGGACUCCGAAGCCGAGGCGUCGCCUUCAAGGAGGUCUCGAGGUGCUGCCACGUGAGCGCAAGCGAGUCUCCCGUUUUGGAUUCCGCCGAGACGAACCUGUGCAGAGCAGGCCGCGCCGUCUUGUUGCGACGACCUCGGUGAUCAUGGAUGGACUCCCCGAUGCGAAUGGCGACUCAAAGGCCGCCGUCAAGGUGAUUCCCAUGAGCCGUGCUGCUGCGGACGUCUCUGCGCAGCUGCAGGGGUGGCAAUCGGAAAUGAGUCAGCUGUUGACAGCGAGGAGUCUGAUCUUCAGCGCCGAGACUGUCGUCAUCAACAGGCAGACGAGAAUUUGCACCCACAUGGUCGUCAACUUCCUCCUCAGCCGCGGAGGAGAGGUGUUCACACAAGUGCAUCUGCGGUCGCUCCAUAUGGACAACUCAUUCGUGGCGAUCAUCUUCGCGGCGCUUUGGGUCCUCCUGCUCUUCGGCGCCCUGAUGGUCCUCGUUGGGCGCAUCGUCAUUGCCUUCUCAAACGGCAAAGCAUCCGUGCACUUCUCCAACUUGUCGACCUAUGUCCAGUGGAGCAUUGUCGUCAUUGGCCUGGUAGUCGUGAUUCUCAUGGCGAUGGAGCGCUGGGAGAUGUUGCGCGCCAGAGAUCUCUUGGAGGAGUACCUGGUGAUACGGCCAGAUGUGAGUUCGACGAACCUGCAAGACUUUGACAUCAGCUGGUUCACGAAACUGCACACUGUCAUCUACUGGGCGUCCAAGGCCGACGGUGACAUGCUGGUCCUCAUCGCCCUGUUCCACAUUCUACUCCUCUUCCAGUUCCUGGUGGCUUCCAAGGGCCAGCCUCGGCUGGCCUUGCUGGCGAACACCCUGGAGAUGGCCUUUCAGGACAUCCUUCACUUGUUUGUCGUGUUUCUGUUCAUCUUCUCCGCGUUCGUCAUCGCCGGCCACAUCCUUUUCGGGUCCAAGCUGCGAGACUUCUCGACAGUCAAGGGCGCCUUCGCGAAGUCUCUGGAGCAGGUGGUGUCAUUCAAGACGGACUGGGACGUGAUUACGGAACAGGACUGGUGGACAGCAGCCAUAUGGAUUUGGUGCAUGAUCAUCGUGGUCAGUCUCGUCGUCAUCAACAUCGUCCUGGCUGUUAUCUUCGACUGCUACGGCAAGAUCCGUGCUGGUGUCACGCAGCAGGACACGCUAUGGACAACCAUCCGGAGGCACUUUGUGGCUCUGCGGAACGUGUCAAAGUGGUAUUCUUCCUUCGACCUGCUGACCGGGAUCAGCAACACCAAGUUGGAAGUCAUCACCAAGCAAGGAUUCCGGGAGAUCUUCCGCGGGAUCACUGAUGAGCAGGUGGAGCAGAUCUUUGAUUUGGCCGAGCUUCGGGCUGUGAAUGACACCAUCCGUGGCCAGCCGACGCUUCUGGGCGAAGCCAUCGCAAGCAUCCUCCUGGGUGUCGACGACGUGCGCGACGGCAUCCGCACCAUCCAGGACAAGCAGUUCAAGAGCUACAAAGAAGCAAAGAUCUGGAUGGAGGAGCCCGCCGAGCCGCUGACGGCUCCGGACACUGUGUGGGACUUGGGUCCGGCGACGUACAUCGUUACGUGCCCUUAUGGCUGCGAUGUCCGAGCACUGCCAAAUGUGAAUUCCGACCUCGUCACCAGGCUUGCCCAGGGGGACAAAGUAGAGAUCGCACGGACGAAGGACUACAUCGGAGGCGACGGUCUACGACGAUUGAUGGGCGAGAUGCAAGACAACGCUGGCUGGCUUUCUAUCUUCGACCCAGACUCAGGCUACGUGUGGGCGGAGAUGUGGGAGGACCCCAGCAAGAAAGAGCCAGAUUUCGAGGGCACCUACGUCAUUCUCCACGAUGGAGCCCACCUUCGACAGGACAUCAGCCUUUCAUCUCCGCUCUUGGCGGAGCUCCCGGAGGGGCAGAUGGUCAACGUCGUGGAAGUGGUGCUGGAGUACUUCGACGAGGAUCAAUAUGCCUCGCGAAAGCGGGGGCGCAUCACGAACCCAGCUGGGUGGAUUUCACUGGUAGAUCGGGAUUCUGGCUAUCGCUUUGCUUCGCGCAUGGAGUCCCACAUUCCAGAUGGAAUGUAUGUGAUGAAGUCCGACGCCACUGCAUACACCGAACCUGGCGGAUCAGAGGUGGUAAGCCACCUUCACGCGAUGGACUCUGUGCAAGUGGUCAACUUCAGGAAGGUAGACGGUCAGAUCUGGGCCCAGUCCUGUGUUGGAGGAUGGGUCUCCCUGGCAGAUGCCGAGCAUCGGCCGGAUCUGGCAACCGCGGGCUCAGAGGCGGAGGCCGCCAUGCCUCGUGAUGCGCCGCGAUGGGUUUCAGAUGGUCUGCUGUGCCAUCUACAGCGGCAGCAUCGGAACAUGCUGCGCAUCACAGAGCGCUUCCAGGACAUCCAGCAGGGCUUCGAGAAGCUGGGUCUGAACCUGGAGCCGGUGCUGGAGGUUGCCGAGCCCGAAGCUCCCAUGUUCGACACAAUGCUGCAGCCGGCGCGGUUUGCGCAGUCGAACCCAGGCCGCGUGGCAGUGCGCCGGGAGAAACCUGCGGUGAAUCUGCCGCGCCCGAGUGCCGCAAUGACAUCGCAGGCUCUGAAGAGCAGGCUCAAUCAUUUCUUAACUUCUAUCUGA